GCUCACACUGGCCGGCAGUGGUGAGCCAUGUAGUCCUCCAUGUGUGCUUGCGCACGCCUGAUGGCUGCUUCAGCGCUGCUGGCCUAAGCUUGCAAAUUGGCGGCAUCCUGCCAUCCAUCAUUCGGACCUGGCAAUGCAACUUUGCAUGGAUUGCUGCAACAAUCUAUGUCUUUUACUGCACCCAUAAUAUGCCCGUGGAGCAAGGGCGAGCUGGAUGUUGAGACUCGGCUUGAGGAGAUAUUUCAGUCGUUUCAGGAGCCUCACGCGGCAGUGAUGAACGCCUCGCACUUGGCCGAUGCCAUGCGGAUUGCCUGGAUGAACCCCACCAACUCAGAGGUCUCCAAGGUCUUGGCGGACCUGGGGCGUCCAGAGAGCUUGACGAUGCUUCUCUUCAAGCAGGUCAUGAAGGAGGAGAUUGCAAAGUGGUCUUCAAGGGAUCAGGUGCAGGAACUUCUUCGUUGCUUCCAAGUUUUCGACCCACGCAACAUCGGCUUUGUGCCGCGUGCGACCCUUGCAGAGAUCAUGGAGCAUGGAGGCAAUCACUUUUCCGAGGAGAUGCUGGAGGACAUGCUGAAGAAUGUGCCACAAACUAGUGAAGGCUAUGACUAUCGGCAGAUCGUUGCCUUCCUUUUGGGUCCCGAGGCGCAAGAUGAAACCAUCCUGGGAGAAGCGAAGGAGGAAGAAGUUUUGGAACAUAGCCAGGCCUCUCUCAGGGAAUACUUUGAGAAUGGCUACAAGCAAGGCGGUGUUUUCAACAAUGAAGACUACGAGCAUGACGCGAAAGCCUGGUGCUGGGUCCACACCAGACUGGGCGUGAAGGUUUGGCAGGAUGCCCUUGACCUCACUCUAGCCAGUGGUGCCAGCGAUGUGCAGUGUUUGUUCCACUACACUGCUGAGCUUGGCUUUAGAAACAUCACAGAUCCCAGAAAGGCAGCGGUGGAAGUCUUCGCUUCCUUGAUAACGCAGGGUGAGAAGGCCAACGCCUGGUGGGGGCAAGGAGUGUACUCCGUACAGAAUCCCCCAGAUGAGUGGCCAGAAAUUGAAGCACUUAUCGACAACAACUACCGCAAUAUGCUCAAGAGGGAUAUCCAGCUGAAUGGUCGUGAGGCAGCCAUGGAGGAAUACAGCUCGCGGGUUGCCUUUUGCAUUCCUAUUCUAGUAAAUGCCUCUAUCGCCUAUGAUGUGUCCAAGAGACAAACGCCUGAAAUGGUCGAGCAGGGGAAGCCCCCUGGUGUGAACUUAGCUGGAAAGCUGCUCAACGAAGAUGGCAUGCCACAUCGACAAUGUAUCGUCAUUCGAGUGGAAAGGGAGGAGGCGGUUGCAAACGCCAGUGCAGUGCUGGUAAAAUCGCUCCGCUGCCGUGCUGAAGCUAUCACCAAGAGCCUGGGCUCGGAGCAUUCUGAAGCCCUCAAGGCGUUAAGCCGGCUAGCGACGGUGCUGGCUGCGCGUAGUGACUUCACUGAAGCGGAACCGCUGCAAAGGCGGGUCCUAGAGGCCUACGAAGCGCAGUGCGGCAACGAAGACCUGGAGACCCUCAGAGAGGUGAAGGAUCUCGCAGAGAUGUUGUUGGAUGCAGGGAACCUGGCGGAGGCCGAGAGGUUGUCCAGAAGAGCUUUGGCUGGUCGCGAAACUCAGCUAGGAUCUGAUCAUGAAGAGACCCUUGAUUCGGUGAACAUUCUUGGGUUGGUCUUGUCGCAGCAGGGGACCCCGGAAAAGCUAGGAGAAGCUGAAGUGCUCUACAAAAGGGCUUUGGAAGGUCGUGAGUCGCUUCUCGGGCCAAUGCAUCCUGACACAUUGCAAUCCGUCAGCAACCUUGCGCUCUUGCUGGACAAGCAGGGCAAGCAAGAGGAGGCUGAGCCCCUUUUCUGGAGAGAUUUAAAAGGAUGUGAAGCUCGGCUUGGGGCAACGCAUCCUGACACGCUCAUUUCCGUGAACAAUCUUGCAGGCUUGCUGCAGGAUCAGGGAAAGCUGGCGGAAGCUGAGCUCUGGUUCAGAAGAGCCUUACAAAGACGUGAAGAUCAACUUGGAGCUAUGCACGCUGACACAUUGACCUCACUGAACAACCUAGCGGCGGUACUAAAGGACCAGGGCGACCAGGACAAGCUGAUAGAAGCUGCAGAACUUUACAGGAGAGCUUUAGAAGGCCGUGAAGCUCUGUUUGGACCAGUAAGCCAGGACACCCUAUCAACCGUUUUUAAUCUCGCGAAGCUAUUGGAGGCGAAAGGCUCCCUGGCCGAGGCGGAAGAUCUCUAUGUUAGACACUUGAAGGGCCUGGAGGAGCUAUAUGGGCCCAACGACCAGAAGGUUCAAGUAGCGCGCAGACUCUUGGAGCGCUUCCUAACAAACCACUCCCGCAGUGAGAACCUGGUGGAUGAUCAUUUACAAGCACGACCUUGUCUUGUUUCCGAUCCUUGCCAUUGCUAGAGGCCAGCAAGUGCAGUGGACUCAAUUCCGGAUCGCCACUCUGACCUUGCACUUGGGCCCGAUCCCUGAUACCGGUCACUACCAAGGAUUUCUCCUUACCAAUGGAGAUAUUUGGAUGACUGAUGAUAACCGUUUGCCUUGGAAGAGCCGCC